AUGGACGGAGGUUUGGAAGAAGUGAUGCAAGCAAUGUCCUUAGAGGAAGAUCUACCGGUGAUAUUGACGGACGAUGAAGAUUACAGUGCGGCGGUUCGUAACGAAAAGAGCCUGAUAGGAAGGCUCUUGAACCCAGAAUGUCAGAACAUGGCUCGUAUGCUCCGAACUAUGCCGAGGAUUUGGAGAAUCUAUGAUCGGGUGAGAGGAAUAGCAUUAUCCAACGAGAGUUUCCAGUUCAUCUUUGAUCUGGAAACAGACCUUAACACAGUGUUGAAUCAAGGAUUCUGGACGUCUGAAGAUUGGGGAAUGGUGAUGGAUAGAUGGGUGGAAUUCCCUCCUCAGGAUUAUCUACAAAAAGCCUAUGUAUGGAUCCGACUCUCACAGCUUCCAGUGAACUAUCUCACCUUGAAAACCAUUAGGGCAGUCUCUAACCCAAUUGGUCAUGUCAAAGAUAUUGAGUUCGACCCGACCAAACCACACUUGCAAGAGUAUGUACGCGUGCGAGUGAUUCUGGAUCUUCAGCAACCGGUGAGAGACACUAAAGUGAUGCAACUUCCUGGUGGAAGAAGCACAGUUGUGAAGGUGGAGUAUGAAAGAGUGAGGAAGAAGUGCUUUCAUUGCUUUAGACUCUCACAUGAGAAACAAAGAUGCCCUAUUCUCAAAGCUCAGAAACAUAAUGGAGGUUCGGCUACUGACAAAGGAAAAAGUGUCGCUUUAGCACCAGUGAUACACCGUCAGCAUCAUCCUGAUCUAGUAGAGGCUAUCAUGCCUCUCUUGGCACCUACGGCACCCCCGGGGUUUCCUCCUAAAUCCUUGGUGGCUCCAGAGGUGUUUGAGGAGAUGCAGUACUACAUGAACUGCACUGAUCCAGAAGAAAGACGCCUAAGAGAAGCAAAGAUGGUGAAAGCUCUCCGGGAUCUCUCUACAAACCCAGGAGCCCAGAGCUCGUAUCUUUGCUUAGAGGAUCAUCCCAUAAUUUCUGGUGUGCAGAACAAAAAUGUGGGAAGGGUCUUUGAUUUUCGUUCAGCACAAACAGAGGAAACAGAACAGAGUCAGCAAAUGAUGCCUACAGAGGAGCUAAGGGGUGCUGAAGCUAUAGCUCCAAAGGAUGGUCUCUCGUUAACUGGCAGACGGCUGGAGAAGCUCUCAUUGGCAAUGACUGCUCACAUUGAGCCACAGUUAAAGCCUCAAACAGUUGCUGAAGGCUCGGGAGAUAAUUUGCGGAUAAACGCAGGAGUGGCGUUCACAAUGGGUCGUGAUGAUCAGUCAGUAUCAGGAGGAAGUGGUAAAAACAGAGCAUCCAAGCGACCUGGAGCAUCGUAG